GUGUCGCAGCUCUGGUGACGUUUUUCCAAUCGACUCCAGAAAACUCUCCGCCGCCGCGGCCUAGCGCUCCUGUUCCCUCUUUCCCGUCAUUUUAUUCACUCAUGUCCGUCUGUCCGAACCCAAACCGAGCGGGACUCGCUGCCGUAUGAGGCGCUGAACACGGGACUGUCGAUUUAAACUGAGUUUUUACCCGGAAACUGAGUGAAAUUGCAGUAAACAGAGUGAGGGAGAGAUGACAUCCCGAAGGUGGUUCCACCCCAACAUCACUGGAGUGGAGGCAGAAAACCUUCUACUCACUCGUGGCGUGGACGGCAGUUUCUUGGCCCGUCCCAGUAAAAGCAACCCUGGAGACUUUACGCUUUCCGUCAGGCGAAAUGGCGCCGUCACCCACAUUAAGAUCCAAAACACGGGAGACUAUUAUGACCUGUACGGUGGAGAGAAGUUUGCCACGCUGGCUGAGCUGGUGCAGUAUUACAUGGAACAUCACGGACAGCUGAAAGAGAAAAACGGAGACGUCAUUGAGCUGAAAUACCCGCUUAACUGUGCCGAUCCCACUUCUGAGAGGUGGUUUCAUGGUCACCUAUCUGGUCGUGAGGCAGAGAAGUUGUUGACAGAGAAGGGCAAGAACGGAAGUUUCCUGGUGAGAGAAAGUCAGAGUCACCCGGGAGAUUUUGUGCUCUCCGUACGGACCGGAGAUGACAAGACGGACACCAGCGACGGCAAACCCAAAGUCACCCAUGUCAUGAUACGCUGCCAGCAUGAUCUAAAGUAUGAUGUUGGUGGUGGGGAGAAAUUCGACUCGCUCACAGACCUGGUGGAGCACUACAAGAAAAACCCAAUGGUGGAAACACUGGGGACGGUCCUGCAGCUCAAACAGCCUCUGAACACGACCCGCAUCAAUGCAGCAGAGAUCGAGAGCCGGGUACGAGAGCUCAGCAAGCUGGCAGAGGCCACAGAUAAGGUCAAGCAGGGAUUCUGGGAGGAGUUUGAGACGCUUCAGCAGCAGGAGUGCAAACUACUCUACAGUCGCAAGGAGGGCCAACGGCCAGAAAACAAAAACAAGAACAGAUAUAAGAACAUUCUCCCCUUCGACCACACGCGAGUCGUGCUGACCGACGGUGAUGCAAAUGAACCAGGCUCUGACUACAUCAACGCCAACAUCAUCAUGCCUGAUAACGAGAGUAAAUGCAACAAUUCAAAGUUGAAGAGGAGCUACAUCGCCACGCAGGGCUGCCUGCAAAACACCAUCAGUGACUUCUGGAGGAUGGUGUUUCAGGAGAACUCUCGAGUCAUCGUCAUGACCACGAAGGAAGUGGAACGGGGAAAGAGUAAGUGUGUGAAGUAUUGGCCUGACGUGUCUGCGUUGAAGGAGUACGGAGCCAUGCGUGUGCGGAACGUUAAGGAAACGUCAGCACACGAUUACAUCCUGCGAGAGCUGAAGCUGUCAAAAGUUGGACAGGGUAAUACUGAGCGCACAGUGUGGCAGUACCAUUUCCGCGCAUGGCCAGACCACGGUGUGCCCGGAGACCCUGGUGGUGUUCUGGACUUCCUGGAAGAGGUCAAAUUGAAGCAGGAGGGCAUAACCGGGGCUGGACCCAUCGUGGUGCACUGCAGUGCUGGGAUUGGACGAACAGGAACGUUCAUCGUUAUUGAUAUUUUAAUAGACAUCAUCAGAGAAAAGGGAGUGGACUGUGAUAUUGACGUGCCCAAGACUAUCCAGAUGGUGCGAUCUCAGCGUUCAGGAAUGGUACAGACAGAGGCCCAAUAUCGGUUCAUAUACAUGGCCGUGCAGCACUAUAUUGAGACUCUACAGCGCCGCAUAGAGGAGGAGCAGAAAAGUAAAAUUAAAGGACGCGAGUACACCAACAUCAAAUAUUCUCUCUCUGACCUGACUGGAGGAGAUCAGAGCCCUCUGCCACCGUGCACACCAACGCCAACCUGUGCCGAUUUGAGGGACGACAGCUCUCGAGUCUAUGAGAACGUGGGUCUGAUGCAACAGCAGAAGAGUCACAGAUGAGAUUCAGACUCCAGCACUGUCCAAAUCACAGGAAAUGCUUUUGUUGUUGCCAGAUGCUCCUGAAAACCUGAGAAGUGAUCAUGACUAAACGGAGAGACGACAAAAAAGACAAAAAAACAAA